AAUAUAUUAAUGAACAAUCUAUUAUUCUCCAUAUUGUUUCUUCUUCUGCUUGCUUUUGCAAAAGGAGCUUCCUUACAAAAUUCAUCAACAAAAGACAGUUUUUAUGCAAGGAUAAGCAAUGAGUUAGGGACAAAGAUUAUUGAGAAAAUUUCAAACCUUGAUAUUAAAGAGCAUGGAAAACAUAGCGGAGUCACAAGAGAAAGUAUUAGAAAAGCACACUUUAAUAGUUCAUAUGAAAAAUGCUAUUUAGCCUUCAAUAAUUACAACAAGAAUUUGUUUGAAGGAGACUCAGCCCAAAUGAUAUUAUCUAGUUUCACUGAGAUUGGGGAUCUUGGCAAUUAUGAAAGAUGAAAAAGUAUUCCUCAAGCUGCUUACUACAUUCUCCAACUUAACAUUACUCAUCUCCCAAUUGAACUAAGAGUAGGAAUUUGUUUUCCAGAACAAUGUACUCAAGAUAUGCUGAACUUAAUCGCUGGAUAUUUCUCAGAUGGGACCGGUAAAUUAGUCAGGAAAGUCGCCGAAAUGCAAGAGAUUGAUAUGCUAAUUGAGCACAAUGUGACUCUACAAACUCAUUUUUAUCAUCCAGAUACUAGAAAUAAAUUGGUAUCUCAGCAAAAUUCUACCGUUGCUCCAAUCGCUUUGACAGUUGUUGGAGUGUUUUUCUUACUCACUGUUGUUGCAUCUUUGACUUCAAUGCAACUUGCACAAAAGAGGUUGAAAGAAACAAAGCAAAGGAUUAUUGAACAAGAAAAACUAGAGAGAUUAAAGAACAAUACAAAUGACGAAUCAAAUCAAUAUUGUAUUGAUCCUUUCGAAAGAACAACAAAAGCUACAGUAGAUGCUCAACCUGUAAAUUACUCUGAAUGCACGAGUCGUUCAUCUAGAGCUACAACUGAAUUCCAGCUUGAGACUCAGAAGUUUGCACCUGGGAAAUUUAUAACAGAGAAUGAUAGAAGAAAUAUGGUCCUUGAAGAUUAUCAAGAAGAGAGAGGUUUAGCUAUGAAAUAUCUCAAUUGCUUUAAUAUCUCUAAAAACUUAGGCGAGAUGCUCAAAACUAAAAGAAGUAAAGAAGAUGAUGAAGAACUUGAAGUGCUUGAAGCUUUAAAGGUCUUACUCUUCUGAUGGGGAGUAAUAUGCGCUACUAGUCUUUAUGUGCUUACAAGUAGUGGCCGGAACAUUCCUAUUCUUUUGAAGUUCUUCUCUCAAUAUGAUUUUGCAUUUAUCAGUGCAGGGAACUUAGUGCCUGAAGCAUUCUUUUUUAUGAUAUAUUUCUUUAGUUUUAUUAAGAUCAAUCAAUAUUAUGAUCGCAAAGGAGUUCUCAGGACCAAAAAUUAUCUCUGGCUGUUUCUCUAUCGAGUUUUGAAAAUGGCUCCACUCUAUUACUUUGUAUUUCUCAUUGGCUGGGCUUUACUACCAUUAGCAUCAAAUAAUAUCAACUGGUUUGGAACUGAUAGGCUCUUUCACGAUUGAGAUUCGCAAUGGCCAUAUGUACUGACGUUUUUAAACACAUAUUUCCCUUUCUUUACACAAGCGCUUAGAGGUUGUUUCUAUUGGCCAUAUCUUGUUCCCAAUGACCUUCAGCUAUAUAUCUUCUUUCCUAUAUGGAUUAUUGUGUACAGAAAAAAUAAAAAUGCUUUCCUUGCUCUCAUGCUUGUGCUCCAACUAGUUGGAUUGUUCAUUCAUGGAUUUAUUGGAUACUAUUACAAUCUAAGUGUUGGUAUUAUGACUCUUGAUGAUUAUUACUUGUGGUCUUAUCAAUUCAAUAAAGCUCAUACUAAGGUGAGUGCUAUCUCAUUUGGUCUCACAAUGGCUUACAUUUAUCUAAGAAUUUUAGAGUAUCGUAAGUCUAAUGAUGAUGGCAAAAAGAAAAACUUUAAAAUUAUUGAUUUUAUGCACAAAUCAACUAUCGUCACCAUCUUUCUCUAUUUGUACUCAAUACUUAUCUUUGCCUGCAUUACUCUAAUCGUAAGAUCUGCUAACGAUGAUGCUUAUUCAUGGUCUAGAAUGCAAAAUACUUUAUACACUAUUGCUGCAAGGCCACUGCUAUUAACAGUAAUUAUGAGCUUGCUUCUGAUUAUUUUUAUGGGUAAAGGUCACAUUGCAAAAUAUUUAAUGACUUCACGGAUUUGGCUGCCCCUAUCUAACCUGACUUAUGCAGGAUAUCUGAUUUAUCCUAUAGUAAUUGGUGCCAAUUUUUAUGCUUCACAGAGAGCAUUCUUCAUUACCAAUCCAUCUAUAAUAUUCGCAAUGCUGAGCAAUAUUAUUAUCUGUUAUCUUGGAGCUCUUGUGCUUCACAUAUUUGUUCAAGCUCCGAUUGACAGGGUUCUUAAGACGACAUACCAAGUUGUCAGAAAUUCCAGAGGAUCUCUCGAAACAAUGUCUGAACAGGGAUCUUUACUUGAACCAAAUGAGAUCACUAAACUGUAAAAAUUCCGGAAUAUUCUUACUCGAACUAAUUUGCAUUAACCUGACGUCAUU